UGUACCUCCCAACUUCAACUUACCCUGGAAGUCAUCUCAUUUUUCUGCUUAGAAUAGCCACAGGAAAUUAAGCUUUGGACAGAUUCAGAUCGCACGUAGUUCAUCUUCGAAUCAGAAGAAAGAAGAAGAACAAUGACUUCCUCUUUUCCAAGCUGUUCACAAGUGUCCUUAAACAAACCAAAGCAGAAGAAAUCGUCAUCUGUUGAUGCUGUCAUCGGCAACAAUGACCUUGUCACCCAGAUUUUAUUGCGUGUGCCUGCAAAAUCUGUCCUGAAAUUCAAGUUAGUCUCCAAGAAAUGGCUAUCUAUCAUCUCCCACCCUAGUUUCGCUUUCCACCACACCCAACUCAAUCCUCACACCACCUCUGCUCUCCUCCUCAGAGUAUUAUUCCUUUUCAAGGAACCAUUUAUCUACCGUUUUCUUUCUCUUGAUGGGAAAUCCGUUGUUAAUGUUCCCUCCAAUUUUCAUUGUUUCCAUCCCGAUAACCCUGGGAGCACGUAUAUUUCUCAGUCCUGCAAUGGCUUGCAUUUGUGUUAUAGAGGCAUUUUCUGUUAUAUUGAGAGAAAUAGAUCAACAUAUGUAUUCAAUCCUACUACGAGACAAUUUGCAGUAAUACCUUCUCCACCACCUGGCAAUGACAUAAGUUUGAGCCAAAUUCAAUUGGUUUUCGAUCCUUUGAAAUCGCCUUACUACAAGAUCCUUUGCGUCUCCCACUUGGAAUCAACGCUUGAGAUUUAUGUCUACUCAUCCGAGACCAAGAUUUGGAAGCUUUCUGUGCGCCAUGAAGAUUACGAUAUUUCGCCUGCAGGCUUGAGCAAUGGUGUUUUUUGGAAUGGUGCUGUUCACUGGAUUGAUCCUGCGGGGAACGGGUUCUGUUUCCUGGUUGAUGAAGAAUGUCUUCGAGCAAUGCCGCAUCCUCCACUUCCUGCUUCUUGGGAACUUAACAGCUUCAGGUAUUUUGGGGAGUCUGAUGGACAAUUGCACUUUAUUGGGUUAUUGACUGGCGAACAAAAUCCUGAUGUUAUGAACAUGGGUGUCAAUGUUUCUCCUGGUAUGUCUGCUGGUCAAAUGGCAAGACGUAGAAGUUCCAAUGUCGGUUCUCAAUUCAUUGUUGUAUAUGCCAUGGACAAGGGCUAUUCAAAUUGGUUUGUCAAGUACUACCUAGAUGCGAAUGCCAUUGCAGUUGCGUAUGCGGAGAUGAUGGAGGACCCCACAGUCUCGCCAUGUCUAGUUAACGGAUCCAUUAAUAUAUCUUCUUUUAUCGGGGGAAACAACGAAGAACGGCCAUUGCUGGUAAUAAACAUGCCUGGUGAGAUCAUAUCUUACAGCUUCAAGUGCAAAACAUUCAAGAAGCUCUUCAGUUUUCAUCCUUGCGAGGACUAUAUCUGCUCUGCUCUCAAGUACACCGAGACCUUAGCUUGGGUCUAAUAGAUGUAAGGUGUCCUGUGAUUUAAAAUCUUCUGAACUUGUUCCAGUAUUGAAUGCCUGCUAGUUGCAAUUGCAUUAUGAUUUAACUUCUUAUUGUUGCA